GACUGGAACAGUGGCUGGUGAGGGCCUGCAGUCGAGCGGCCGUCGGCGCCAACGGGCCGGCGGGAACGCAUCCGGCGGGAACGCAUCAGACGCGUGCGUUCAGGCGGGCAGCCUCGACGCCGCCGAGGCUGCCCCACAACCCAGCCACGAUGGCUGCCUUCGGCGGCGACGACGCGCUGGGCGCGAUGAUGGCGGCGACGCUGCCGCGCAGCACCAUGAGCAAAGAUCAAAUGCAGUCGAUAGCUAAUGGAGCCAGGCCAAAGACCGCCCGGCCCAAGACCGCGCGACCGAAGAAAGAAACAACGCCGUGGACCAAGGAGGACGUAAACAAGUUGAAGAAGGCCUGCAAAGACGUCCCGAGCACGGUCGAGAAGCAGCAGCGGUGGCGGCAGAUCAGCGGCAUCGUAGGACGGGGCAAACGGGAAUGCUACGACAAGUACAAGGAGCUCAAGGAGGCGCAAAAAACGAAGAACGAGCUGAAGAAGACGAUGACGCGCGCAGCAGAGGGGAGCACGUUCGAGGAACGCCUCGCCGCAUUGGGGCUCAAGGAGCCGGCCGCCGACGGGGCCGCCGCGCCGGCGUCUGCGCCGGCGCCGGCACCUGCAGCGCCCGCGCCCGCGCCCGCGGCGUCGCCGUCGAGCGCCUGGGGCGGCGGCGGCGGUGCCGAGCCGGCGCCGACGCAGACGCGGCGGCGGCCGCGGACGUUUUUUGGUGCGGAGGACCUCGUCAUCGACGACGGCGCGGAGGACGAAGCCGCGGCGCCGCCGCCGCCCGCGGACGAGCCGCCGCCGCAGUCGGGCCGGACGCGGUGCGUCGCGGCGAACGACCUCGUCCUCGACGAGUGCGGCGACGAGCUCUAA